CCGGGGACUGCUGACCUCGAAAAAGGGGUGUUCGGCGGGAAAGCGGAGCCGGGCCGGACGGAAGCGGAAGGGGCCGCCGCCGUCUGCAUCCAUCCUCCUCCUCCUCCCCUCUCUCUCUCCCGCUCAGCGAGGGGGGCACCUGCUUCCGCUUCCGGGUCGCCCGGGGCCCGGUUGCUAAGGAGGAGGGGGGGCAGUUAGUAGCGGAGGCAGAGCCUCGCCGGCCGGCCUCCCUCACGGGGCUGUUGUGAGUCGCAAGGCCAGCCGGGAGGGUGCCUUCCUCCUCGGGGCCGCCGCCAUGAGCGAGUUCCGGAUCCACCACGAUGUGAACGAGCUGCUGAGCCUGCUGAGGGUGCGGGGCGGCGGGGCGGAGGGUUACAUCGAGCUCCUGCAGAAGAGCCGGGCACCCUACGUCACCACCUCCGCCUCCGCCCUCGGGGCCAAGGUGAAGAUUGCGGAGUUUUCCCGGACUCCAGAAGAUUUCCUAAACAAGUACGAUGAGCUGAAAUCCAAAAACACCAGGCACCUGGACUCCUUGGUAUUCCUGCUGUCCAAGCUCACGGAGGACAAAGAGACCCUCCAGUAUUUGCAGCAGAACGCCAGGGAAAGGGCCGAGCUUGUGGCAAACAGUGGCGGUGGCGGCAUCGCCUUCUCCAUCCCCCCAGCAACGGCCAAAAUGAGUGUCCAGGAGCUCGAGGAGUUACGGAAGCAACUGGGCACUGUGGCGACCAGCUCAAGCGUGCAGCAGCAGCCUCUCGAGCUUGUGCGGAAGACACUCCGGGAAAAGCAGACCAAGAAGAAUUCUGGGCAGCCCAUUCCAUCGCUCCCCACCUGGGUGUAUGAGAGACCGGCUCUCGUUGGGGAUUUCCUGACAAGCUCCAGUCUCAGCACAGACGUGACUGUGCCCAUAGGAACAUUGCUGCUGGCAGCCCAGGAAUCUGCAGUUGUGGAAGACUUGCUCUAUGUCUUGAUUGGGGUGGACGGGAGAUACAUCGCUGCUCAGCCCCUGGUCGGCAGAGAGAGCCGGACUUUCUUGGUGGACCCAAACGUGGACAUGUCGGUCAAGGAGCUGGUCACCAGGAUCCUCCCUGUUGCUGCAAGCUACUCCAUUGUAACCAGGUUCGUAGAGGAGAAAUCUUCCUUUGAGUACGGGCAGGUGAACCAUGCGCUGGCAGCAGCAAUGAGGACCCUCGUGAAAGAGUACAUGAUCUUGGUCACCCAGCUGGAGCACCUUCAGCGGCAGGGCCUCUUGUCCCUCCAGAAGCUAUGGUUCUACAUCCAGCCCACAAUGAGGACCAUGGAGAUCUUGGCCUCUCUCGCUAUUUCUGUAGACAAAGGCGAAUGUGUGGGGGGCUCAACACUCAGCCUGCUCCACGAUAAGACGUUCAACUACACGGGGGACAGCCAAGCGCAGGAGCUCUGCCUCUACUUAACCAAGGCCGCCAGCGUCCCUUACUUUGAAAUCCUGGAGAAAUGGAUCUAUAGAGGCAUUAUCAACGACCCAUAUAGUGAAUUCAUGGUGGAAGAACAUGAGCUCCAGAAGGAGAAGAUCCAGGAGGAUUAUAAUGAUAAAUACUGGGAUCAAAGAUACACGAUUGUGCAGCAGCAAAUUCCCUCCUUCCUCGAGAAGAUUGCAGACAAAAUACUUAGCACAGGGAAGUAUUUAAACGUGGUUCGGGAGUGUGGUCAGGAUGUGACUUGCCCUGUGGCAAAAGAGGUCAUCUACACUUUGAAGGAGCGUGAAUAUGUGGAGCAAAUAGAGAAGGCCUACAAUUACGCCAGCAAAGUUCUCCUUGAUUUCCUCAUGGAAGAAAAAGAACUUGUGGCCCACUUAAGGUCCAUCAAGCACUACUUCCUCAUGGACCAGGGCGACUUCUACGUCCAUUUCAUGGACCUCACCGAAGAAGAGCUGAAAAGGCCAGUGGAUGACAUUAUUCCCACCAGACUGGAGGCCCUCCUUGAGCUGGCCCUGCGGAUGAGCACAGCCAACACAGACCCAUUUAAAGAUGACCUAAAGAUUGACCUGAUGCCCCAUGACCUCAUUACACAGCUCUUGCGAGUCUUGGCGAUUGAAACAAAGCAGGAGAAGGCCAUCAUCAGUGCUGACCCAACAGAGCUCUCUCUCAGUGGCCUGGAGGCGUUUUCUUUUGAUUACAUUGUGAAAUGGCCGCUAUCGUUGAUCAUCAACAGGAAAGCCUUAACACGCUACCAGAUGCUCUUCCGGCACAUGUUCUACUGCAAGCAUGUGGAGCGGCAGCUGUGCAACGUCUGGAUCAGCAGCAAAACUGCCAAGCAGUCCUCACUUCAUUCGUCCAAAUGGUUUGCUGGCGCCUUUACCCUCCGCCAGCGGAUGCUCAAUUUUGUGCAGAACAUCCAGUACUACAUGAUGUUCGAGGUGAUGGAGCCGACGUGGCAUGUCCUGGAGAAGAACCUGAAGUCGGCUUCCAAUAUAGAUGAUGUCUUGAGCUACCACACAAGUUUCCUGGACAACUGCUUGAAGGACUGCAUGCUCACCAAUCCGGAGCUGCUGAAGAUAUUCUCCAAGAUGAUGUCUGUCUGUGUCAUGUUCACCAACUGUAUGCAGAGAUUCUCCCAUAGCAUGAAGCUGGAUAACGAGCUGGGCCGCCUGAGUGUAGAACAUGGGACCAUGAGAGGCCCACCGACUGAGCAAGAGCGCGUGGAGGAAUGCAUGCGGAAGCAGCUCGCCAACAAGCUUUUAGCAGAGCAUGUGGAUUCCCUGCAUGUCACCUCUGGCUUUGAGGCAACAAUCAACAAAUUUGACAGCAAUUUCUCAGCACAUCUCCUAGACCUCCUGGACAAACUGAGCCUUUAUAGCACCAACGACUGUGAGCACAGCAUGCUCAACAUCAUCUACAGAUUGGACUUUAACGGCUUCUACACAGAACGCCUGGAGCACAUGUCUGCAGAACGGAGCCAGAAGGUGGUGGCGCAUGCAGCCGCUCCUAGGCCUCUUUUGGCCACUCAGUGACACCUGGGAAAGGAAUGUCGCACCCAGAACUGUCAGUGGCAGCUCAGCGCUUGUACCACACAGACAGCGUGGAGAGUGCAUACACUGCAGCUGACAGUAUGUAAAGGAUUGUAUUUCUUGAAUGCUUCUACUUUUUAAACUUAAGUUGGUGUAUUUUACUAAACGUAAGAAGUGUAA